UUUUCCAUGUUGCUCUUGGGCUGGGCCUGACAUGGAUGGAGGUAAUUCCCUGUUUCUAAAUAAUUCACUGAUGUUUUCAUUUGUCAGAUGGAUUGUGCAUGCCAUGAAAUAUGAGCUGAAAAUCCGUGCUGGGGAGAUGCCCCCUAUGGAUUUAUACCAGCUGUCACCUAGUGAAGUAAAGCAGCUUCUUCUGGAUAUCCUUCAUCCUCAACAGCAAGGGAGGUGCUGGCUGAACAGGCGUCAGAUUGAUGGCUCCUUGAACCGAACACCGAGUGGGUUCUAUGACAGGGUGUGGCAAAUUUUGGAGAGGACCCCCAAUGGGUUAAUAGUAGCUGGGAAUUAUUUGCCACAGCAACCAACUUUAUCUGACAUGACGAUGUAUGAAAUGAACUUUUCUCUUCUGGUUGAGGACAUGUUGAGAAGUAUAGAUCAGCCAGAAUACAGGCAAAUAAUUGUAGAGUUGUUGAUGGUUGUUUCUGUGAUUCUGGAAAGAAACCCCGAAUUAGAGUUUCAGGAUAAAGUGGACUUGGACAAACUGGUGAAAGAAUCGUUUAAUCAAUUCCAGAAGGAUCAGAAUCAACUCAAGGGCACUGAAAAACAAGAUGACAUGACUUCCUUUUACAACACACCUCCACUGGGAAAAAGAGGAACAUGCAGCUAUUUGACAAAAGCAGUGAUGAAUUUAUUGCUGGAAGGCGAACUGAAGCCUAAUACAGAAGAUCCUUGUUCUAUUAGCUAAAGCAGUUGGAAUAGAAGCUGGUGGAACCAGGUGGAUGCUAUGGGUUUCUCUUGGCAUAUAAGGCUUAAUUUCUCACCACUAUUUGGACACCAGUCAUUAUGAUGAGCUUCAGUUCUUAGAGCAACAAUCUGUCCAGCUGGUUUCAUGUAACCAAAAAAGCAUAUUUAAUCAAGAAACGUAUUCCCUCCACAUCGCCUAGGUGACAGUCAAUGAUACCCAUCUCACCACCAUGGUUACUUGUUGGCUGAGCAAAUGCCUGUUAUUCUCCAUAUGUAUGCUACUUGAGAAUUACAGAUAUUUAGAACAAUUAACUAAGCUUGUGUUUACAGUUAAGCCUUGCAUAAGAUGAACUGCAGCGUUACAUUUAUUUAUCUAAUAGUGAAUUUAUGUAGUUUUAACAUUUAUCAGUUCCCUCUUCAUUUGUCCUGGUACUAGUUAUUGAUAGGCUUCUUUAUGAAAAUUGAAUGUGGUAGAGACAUCAAUUUAAAAAAUUGUGAUUCCCAUGCAUGAAGCUGGAGGAUUUGUUGACUCUGAAAAGACAGUGGUAUCUUUGGAUUUGAGGGCACCAGUGAAGCUUAAUAAUAAAAUAAAAGCUGUGCACUAACAUACUCUUUAGAAUUUGUCUCUAAUGAUUU